AUGAAGGCAGAGGUGCGUUGCCAGUCGCUCUACUACUCCUACGGGCCAGAUCAAACGCCGGCUGGCCAACCCCGCGUGAACCAGGUGUACACCUUCCGCGCCCAGAAGAAGCCCAAGAAUGCGAUCGAUCCUCAGCGAGAGCGUGGUGAAAAAGGUGCGCUCGACUACGUAGUGACCAGCAUCAUCCCCUUCCUUGUGAACUACUUUGGCAAGUACUACAACCGCAAGGACGCCGCCAUACGCCACAAGGUGGUGGUGGCGGACUACAUGGUGGACGGCCUCUCUUCUACGCCAAGGGACUGA